UGGAUGCAAUAAAUAGACGAGUUAUUUACCAGCAGCUUGCUUGCGGUGGCACUUUCGGCUGCGUUUGUGAAAAGAAAUACACUUUAUACGGUUGUAAAACCGAUUUUAUUUAACCGGGCCGAGUGUCUGCGUGUAGAGGAAAAGUUUAAGUAUAGGUCGGUACAUAAAUUCUCCACGCACAGGAUGGGUAUGAACGUGAGCCGCCAGGUGGACCUCACGGAGAAUGAGUAUCUGCAGCGAUUCGUCGGCAAAACGCACGUCCCUGCUUACGAUGACGAUUUCUGGAACAAUUUCCUGCAGUAUCACAUAAAUCUACCCACAAACAGCGAAGAACAGCUAAGCCUUGAUUCGCGGCUGGAAACGCUCUGCCAGAGCUUUAUCAGCCACAAUCUACACACCGGCAACUUUGGCUCGUUGAUAAACGUCUUUCUGCUGAAGGUGUCUGAGCUGCUGACGCUAUCCGACACCGAAAGCAACGUUCACAUAUGGCACGCGUUCAAUGCACUGUUCAUUAUUCGCUGCCUGGUCAAGUACAUGAUCGAGACUGGGUCGGAGUAUCAACUGCUGCAGCACUUUGAAGCGUUGCCGGUUCAAGCGGCCGAUAGCGUUGAGACACCGAGCGACGGAACGGCAGCAGGUACCAGCACGGCCAUUCCGAUCGACAUGCGAGCGGUGGAGGAAACGAAAGCGGCCGUCGCAAAGCUGGUCGAUGGCUCAAAGUUUGAAACGUUUCUAGAGGCACUGGUUAACAUUAUCGUCGUGAUACCGGUGAAAGAAUUCACAUAUCACCUGCACCUGGAGGCGGUAAACUGCAUGAUUAUUCUGCUCUCGGUGAGCCUAUUUUCCCAGCAAACGAUGGAAAAGUCCACCAUCUACCGGACGAUCUAUCGCUGCCAGCACGCAAACACGCUGAUGAGUGCGCUGCUACAUUUCCUCAGCCGCAUGAGCCAAGCGCCGCAAACCAUGUUUGGCUUCGGUACCGGUGGUUCGUUUGUGUUCGGCAUUGCCGAAUCGCUUUGGUCGAUACUGACGUUCGCCCGCAAGCAGCCGGAUAUACUUACGGCACACGAUCUUCCGACGGCCUUCCGGGAGCACUAUCCGCUGGCGAACCAAAGCUUGCUGCUGAUACUGAUCCUUACCAACCAUCACGCGACCAAGGAUAAUCCGUAUCGGAUUAGUUUGUUUGGAUGCUCCGACUCGCAAGAUUCCCCUAAGGAGGAUCCGGCAACGUUUAAGAUCGACUUUUCCUCCCUGUACAACACGCUGUGCCGAAUAGUGACGAUCGAUCAGGCCACGCUACUGCUCUAUCUGCUGCUCUACCGAAACCAAAGAUUCCAGAAGUACGUGAUGGCACAGCAGAACCUUCAGCAGUUGGUUAUUCCGAUUCUGCAAACACUUUACAACGCACCCGACAGUACUUCACAUCACAUUUAUAUGUCGCUGAUAGUGUUGCUGAUUUUGAGUGAAGAUGAUAACUUUAACAAAAGCGUCCAUCAGAUCAUGUUAAAAAACAUUACCUGGUACACGGAGCGCUCGAUCAGUGAGAUCUCGCUCGGUGGUUUGCUGAUAUUGGUCGUCAUUCGAACGAUUCAGUACAACAUGCUCAAGAUGCGAGACAAAUACCUGCACACCAACUGUCUCGCCGCGUUGGCUAACAUGUCCGGCCAGUUUCAAUCGCUCCAUCCGUACGUGGCCCAGCGGUUGGUUAGUUUGUUUGAAACAUUAGCGAAAAAGCAUGCACGAUUGGAUCAGCAGCUCAAGCAACCGAACGAUCCGAACGGUGAACCGGACAUUUCCAUACCAAUCGGUUGCGGACUAACGUCGGAAGAUAUGUUGCAGGAUUUGUCCGUGCUGGAGGAGGUGCUGCGAAUGGUGCUGGAAAUUCUAAAUUCCUGUCUAUCCCAUCAACUAGUUUACUGUCCCAAUCUGGUGUACACACUGCUGUACAAACGCAACGUCUUCGAGGCCUUCCGAAGUCAUUCGGCAUUUCAGGAUAUCAUACAAAAUAUAGAUAUGGUGGUUGGAUUCUUUUCCUCCCGCCUGCAACGGGUGCAGGAGCAGCGGGGCGAGUUGGGCGUUAGCGAAGUGCUAGAGGUGAUUUCGAAAGGCGCCAGCCAAUGGUCGAGUGAUCGAUUGCGGAAAUUCCCCGAUCUAAAAUUCAAGUACGUCGAGGAAGACGCACCGGAAGAGUUCUUCAUCCCGUACGUCUGGACGCUGGUGUGUAAGGCUGGCUGUGUACAUUUCAGUUCCGAAACGAUAAAGGGCGUCAGCGCCGAGAUCGUUUGUUAACGUUACCGUUCCGUUGUUCCCACGAACACUCUGCCAGAUUUACGUUUUCCGGUAAAGUUGCUAAAUUCGCUUCUCUUUCCCUAAUUAUACAUAAAGGCCCGCGUGUGUGGCAUCAGCAUGUGCGACGGGCAGUUUAACACAUGAGACAAUACGAGAGGUGUAAAAUGUUGCAAUAUUUCUUCUACUGUACAUGAUCAGUUAAAAGUGUAUGAUACAUUCUUCCAAUGUACUUUAGCGCGUUUGCUCGUAACUGUUGUGCUACCAAACUAAUCAACUUUCUAGUUUUCGCUUUUCUUCCCGAAGGAUGCAUUCCCCUAUGAAGAUGCUAUAUUAUUUUUACAAAGCACUAUAAUUUAUUAAUUAACAUUCAAGAUUUGUGUUAUGUUUUUUUUUCUUCUAGUGUCUCGAUUUUUGUUUACUGUACUACAACCUUUUGGUUGUAAUUGUUUUGUUGAUAAACAACUCGGACUGUACCCUUAUAGCACUAGCUUAGCAAAAACCUAAAACAGUUAGUUGCCAUUCAGUCCACGAGUGUAGCAAUUCGGUUAGCUUUCGUUAUCAAUUAUGAGAAGGUGCAAAACACGAUAUUGAGGGAGGACGAUAGAAUGCGAUGAAUUACGAAAAACAGGCAAUAAUAACAGUAAGCGAAUGUAAAGCACACAAAGCAACGCUCCGGCUCUAACGCUAUUACUUAGCCUAAACACGCAGAGUGUUGAAUCAUGACUUUACUGUGCGUGUGCGUGCGUUGGUACGUGUGUGAUACGAAUCGAAAGCCCGUCGAAACGUAUUGUUUUCGGAAGCGAAGGCCGGAGCGAAGGGAAUACCAUUAGGGAGUUAUACAAAAUGGCAAAAUGGCUAGUUUCGUAGGGUUGAUUGAUUUUCCUCGCAUUGAUUGCGACGCGAUCGGGCUGGAAAAGAAUAGUCACGGUGGUAAGUGAGGGAGAAGUUAGAUGAAAAGCUUGACCGCAACUGCUGUGUUGGAUGGAUUUUAAGCGUGUUUGAGGUUGAACACGGGUAAACCACGGAAAGACGUUGCAAAGGUACUGCUGUGCCGAAAAAUCGAAAUAGAAGGCUUAAGAGACGGGCAAGAAGGCAAAGCGAGAAAAGUUAAACGUUAUAAAUUUACAAAACACACAAAUUGAUAAACUAUUAACCACAAACGAGGCAAGACAACUAAUCUGCCGGUAUACUAGAAAA